ACCGGAACUAGGAAGUCAUAUUUAUGUUUCUAAACUCCUACUAAUACUCGUGGACAACUAGAGCUAAAACUCCCAUACAUACAACAUAACUAUAAAGCAAGUUAUUGUCCAAAAAAAAAUAAAGCAAGUGGACUCCAAAAUUCCCGAGUUUUGAGCAACCAAGAACAACCACCAUGGGAAGAGGAAAGUUCAAGGGCAAACCUACUGGCCGCCGCCAGUUUUCUACCCCGGAAGAUAUCUUAGGCGGGUCUUCUCGUCCUCGCACCUUUAGACAGAAAAAAGAAGAGGAAGAAGAGAUAGAAGAGGAAGAAGAAGAAUCAGAAGAAGAAUCUGAUGAGGAUACUGAAAGAAAAAUGAAAGGGACACAAGGUAUCAUUGAGAUAGAUAAUCCCAACUUGGCGAAGCCAAAGAACUUGAAGGCUAAAGAUAUUGAUCUUGAGAAAACAACUGAACUUUCAAGACGUGAGAGAGAGGAGAUUGAAAAACAGAGGGCUCAUGAAAGAUACAUGAAGAUGCAAGAACAAGGGAAAACAGAACAAGCAAAGAAAGACCUAGAGAGGUUGAAACUAAUUCGUGAACAAAGAGCAGAAGCUGCUAGGAAGAGAGAGGAAGAGAAAGCUGCUAAGGAGCAAAAGAAAGGCGAAGCUCGCAAGUGAAAAUCAUGAAGGCAGAGGAAAUAUAUUGAACAAAUCUUUGCUCUUUAAAAGCUAUUUAUUUGUCUUAAUUUCUGCAUAAAUGUGUCUCAAAUUAUGUCAGUUGUGAUGACUGUAACCUGCUUUCUUUUAGCUUGAUGAUUGACCAAGGAUUCUAUUUACAGCAAAUGAAUAGUUAUACUAUUAUAGCC